UGAUUGGUGGUGCGUGUUCAGCCAUCAGACUCCUCUACACUCGUUUUAUAGGCCUAUACUGUAUUGUUGAUAUCAGUUCUUCUGUAGGCCUAUACCCAGAGAUUACUCUGCUAAGGUCUAUUUAAAAAGACACGAUGGCAUCCCAUCAAAAGAAAGAUGAAAUUAGGAGAAACCUUCAGAAACUUCUUGAUCUAAAUCCUUCUGGAAUUCCACUGCACAACCUAGCAAGAAAAUACAAUACGCAAUUUCAAAAAAAGCUCAAGUUGUGUGGAAUUGGAAUCAAUGGCAUUAGAGGUCUACCGGAUGUAUUUGAUUUCAUUGAAAUAGUAGAUAAAAAUGGGACGGAAAUGUUACAACUAAGGAAAGAAGAGGAGGAAGAUGAAUUCAUGUCAACUAACAGAGAAUCUCGUCAGUCGACAGGAACACAGCAAUCAGAAACAACAUUGCCUUAUCCACGAACUCCACCAUUACUUUCUUUCCAUCAAGGACCUCGUCAGCCGACAAGAACUCAGCAACCAGGAACAAGACUGAUGUAUCCACAGGCUUCACCAUUGCCCCCUCAAGGGCCCCAUCAGAGGGAAGGAUUUCAGCAAUCAAUGCAUCCACAAUUUUCAACAGUAAGUACUCAGGGACAUGAACAGUGGGGAGGAGUUCAGCAGCAAUCCGUAACAGCAAUGUAUCGACAGCCUCCAACAGCACUUCCUCAGGCACAUCCUCAUUGGAGAGGAGUUCAGCAAUCAGGACCGCCACCGAUGUAUUCCCAUGGUCCACCACAGAUUCAACAGACACAUCAACUAACUACAGGAGCUCAACAAUCAGGAAUGGUGAUGUAUUCAAAAGCUCCACAAAUGCGCCCUCCUCUCCCUCGACAAAGUCCUUUGAUGCCACCCACAUAUGAAUCCAACCAAAGUUUACAAUCCAAAGCACCUAGCACAGAUACAAACGCUAUCGGAAACAAAAUGUCCGGCACAACAGCUGCUGAUUCUUCUAUUGCAGGGGACAGUGAUGAGCCAGCAUUAAACCCAAGUGACUCAACAAAGCAAAUAAAGAAAACAAAGAAAAAAACCAAGAGAGACCUAAAAGCCGAAGCCGAAAAUCGCAGGAUUAAGUUUGAACACUUAAGUACCUCUGGAAUUCAAUAUAUAAAUGAUGGAAAAAUACCAACUAAAGAUAGUGUUAACUCCCGAGCUUUAUUCCAUAUUCAAGCACUAGCCGAACAAAAUGAACAUGUCAGUGUAGAUUUGGUUAUGAAGGGGGUGAUGGAGCACUUUGGUAAAACAAAGGUCCAACAGUUGGGGCUAAAAAAAGCAACAGAUCUUACAGCAAUUUAUAAUCAUGAACGCUUACUUUGUCAAAUCAAUGCAUAUAUAUCUGCCUUCUGUAAAUGUCGUUCUAUUGCAACACUCUUUGAGCUUCUCAAAGACCUAGGAAACAUUCAAGAUGGUAAAGACUCUUUCGAAGAAUUAAAUGUUGGACCGCUCUCUAAAUUUCCUGCAGUCUACACUCUGUUUAAAUUUCCUCCAUGUAAAUCUGAUGAUGAUAUUAUGAAAGUGACUACAUUGGAUAUAUUGGGUCUUCUGAUGGAUUAUAUGGGAGAACAUGACUUGUGGAAAGACAAGGUUGAUUUGAAAGAUUUCUUGGAGUUUUUACAGGAGCACUAUAGAGUUUCCGAUCCCUAUCAACUUGGAAUCCGUGUUCAAAGUGUUGCUUUAGGGGUGACAGUUAUAAAGAAGGCUAAACGAGAAGAGAAGAAUACGCUAGGCGAAUGCUCUUUAGCUCUCAUGUCAAAACUAAAGCAAGAGGCGGAAGCAUCGUUGGCAAGUGUAAAGAAAUCAAUUCUUGAGCCGGCAAAUACUGGAAAGCGCUCUCGAUUGGAUAAUAGGAGGCGCUAUGCUGAUAUGACUGCUGCGGAAGCUAUUCUUAAAGUGUUUGAAAAUGCUCAGCCGCUUUUAAAACAAGAAUCUAGUCUUCGAAGUUUUUUCCGUGCACUUCCAUCAAUCGUUAACAACAAUCUUGCAAGAAACCUUUUCCAGCUUGCUAUAUGCCUUGGUAACAUGGAAUUUCCUCAGGAGUACGUGCCUGCUGGGAAUGAAGAACAAAUGGAAGAAGAAACAGUUGAGGUGGAAGCAUCCGUGUGUGCAAAUAAAAUUCCUGAUCAAGAGGAAAUUACAAGCGAUGUGGAAACAUUUUUUAAUCGUCUUCAGGAAGUCCCAACUCUUAUGGACCUAGCAAAAAUCGAGAGUAGCUUAUGCCGAAAAAGAAAUUUGUCCAGCUUUGUUGAUUUAAGGAAAGGAACUUUUCUAGAAUUUAUCACAAGCACUCCCAAGCUGCUUCAACAAUUUGGUGGAAGUAUCCUUGGGGCAACCAACCAAAAAUCUAAUCAGGGAACACCAUAUCACCCAUCUUUAAAUGAUCUUAUUGAGUUUAUCAGACAGUGUGGAAAGCAGAACAUGAAUGAUAAGAAAAUCGUUGAGAUGGCCUUAUGCGAAUAUUUCCAGACAACAUCAGUUGAUUCAUUUGGAAGAGGGUCUUUGCAAAGGUUGAUUUCUAAGGCAAAGAUUACACAGCAUGAUGAAGAGCAGAACUGCAUCACCUAUGAACAAGCCGUAUGCACUCGAACGAGAACCAAACAAGUUUCAGGCAAUCCUGUGGGCAUGCGUGGACACCAGAGCCGGUGCAACGCCUUACUAUCUCUGAAUUCUGCUCCUUUGUUGGAGGACUUGUCUGAGUGGUCACAGUGGCAUUUGAUUUUCAAACCUGAAUACGGGGAGCUAAAGGGCUUUAUUGAAAAAUGGUCAGGUGCUGAGGUACCUUAUGAGCAAGAAGAUACACAAUUGGACGAACCUAUCAAGAUCUUUGCCUUGGAGACCCAGCCAGGCGUAUUGCUGAAGUUGGCUUCCAAAACCUCUCCUGAAGUUUUUAGAACUUCAGCAAUUGAAGAGGAUGCUAGGCUCACAGCUGGGCAUUUAGUGUCGAUCCUGAUGAAAGAUGGUAUACAAAAUGCUCCCCUUGAUUUGCUGCAGAACUAUUUUGAAUCAGCACUUAAAGCAAUAUCCUCCAAAGAUGUUUCUUUGGUACCCGGUGGUCCCCCUGAAGUAACCGAUGCCGACAUCAAGGUGGCGUCUUUUGUUUUCGAUUGUAUGGUUCUAAUACCAACCAAGAUCUGCCAUGCUGUGGCGGAGGUGUUUCUAAAGCCCCUCUCUGAAGUUAUUGGUGACAAAAGGUCAAAAAAGCUGCUGAAGGACUCAUGUGUUACCACAAAACAGCUGAAUAAAUUACAACAACUCGGUUUCUUGCUGGGAAUUGUUGAAUGGUCAGAAACCUUUACCCUCAAACUUGAAUAUUCAAGUACUGGUGUAGACAAUCAGCAAGAAGAUCUCAUUGACAUUGCGUCGCUUCGGCCGGAAACUGAUAAACCCGAAAGUGACAUAUCAUUCAUGAGUCCAGAGGAGGAAGAUAAGUUGAAUUUUGAUACAGAUGAAGAUAUAGAACUUAAAACGUCUGUGGAUGCAUCAUCAGGAAAUGAUGAAUAUACUCAUGCUGAAAAAAUUGUGGAAGACUUCGAAGGAGAGGAGUCAGAAAUCAGAAAUAAAGUUCAAAGUGAAUUCAAAACUCAAGAAAACAAACCAGCAGAAAUGGAUAAAAUGGAAGAGCAUGAUACCUAUUAUGAUACUGCAGAGAACAACGGAGUAGAAAUGCAAGGACAGAAAACACCACCAACAAAACUUGCUCAAUAUCAGGACGAAAUGCAACUUUGUAAAUCUGUCGUUGAUAAUAUUCGUAACAAAGAAUUUGGUAUUGGCGCCAUUUUGAGCAAAGAAGGUGAAAGUUUGAUGACAGUUCAGAAAGGUCGCAUCGCACGAAGCUUGGAGCGACUCUCUUCCGAACUCUACAGUAAAGAUACACACUUUGUACUUGAAUUAGUACAGAAUGCUGACGAUAACACAUACAACGACGACUGCAAACAACCAUCACUCUUGUUCCAGUUGGAAGAGGGACACAUUACUGUCUACAACAAUGAAAAGGGCUUCAGCGCAGAGAACAUACAUGCACUGUGUGAUGUUGGCAGAAGCACCAAAGGGAAACAUAAAUACGGAUACAUAGGUCACAAGGGAAUUGGGUUCAAGUCUGUGUUUCGAGUGACUGACAGACCAGAAAUACACUCCAAUGGCUUUCAUAUCUGCUUUGACCGGCAGGCUGACUCCCUCGGCUACAUCCUUCCCACGUGGAUAGGUGCUUCCAAUGUAGAAGAUGUUACUGUAAAUGGUGACAAAGACUCGAAGGGGUGGCAGACAAGAAUUGUGCUUCCUUUGAAAGACGAAGUUUGUAAAACAAACAAGCUUCUGAAUCGAUUCGAUGACAUCCAACCAUCGCUGCUACUUUUCCUGCACAGGCUUAGAUCGAUUCAAGUUGUAAAUCAGCCAAAGUCUACAGUAGUAGAGAUGAAAAGAAUUGAUCAUCAAAAAAAUGUCAUUGAAAUUAAACAUUCUGAUGGAACAGAUUUCUGGCUCGUUGUAAAGGAAAUGAUCAGUGUAAACAAAUCAGUGUGUGACAGAGCUAAUAUGGAAUCUACCGAACUUGCUUUGGCAUUUCCUCUACCAAAAGGCAAAAGUGCAUCGGAGUUCGUAUUGAAAGACCAAUACAUAUUUGCAUAUCUACCAUUGAGAAGCUAUGGCUUUAAGUUUAUUAUACAAGGCGAUUUUGACAUUCCGUCUUCCCGUGAAGAUGUUGACAGUGACAGUGCCUGGAACCAGUGGAUCAAGCAGCAUUUGCCUUCUCUGUUUAUCAAGGCUUUACAGUUUUUCAAAAACUAUUAUGGUAGUGAUAAUGAAGAAGUUGCAGUUUGUAAAUUCCUUCAGUUUGUUCCUGUAGAGGGCCAGAUAUUGGGGUUCUUCCAGAGCAUCGCUAAGGACAUUCAUCAGAAGCUUAAAUCAAGUCCAUGCCUACCUGUUCAGGUUCCGGAUGGAAAUGGUUUGAAAAGGUGGACUCAGCCAUCAGAAGCCAUCAUUGUACAUGAUCCAUUGGUAGAAGAACUUGUAUCUCCAGAGGUUCUUCACUGCCACCUUGGUUGCUACUUCUUGAGCAAUGUCGUCAGCUCGAUGUUGAAUGUUGCCCUCUUGAAGAGUCUUGGAGUUAAAGUCAUCACAACCAGUAAUCUCAUUAGUCUCUUUAAGGGAGAGGUUUUAAAAGCAACAGCAGAUGGAUUAAAUAUCACUAACAUUGCCAAGUGGAUAACAUGUAUUUAUCGCUGCCGUGAGGAAGAGCAUGACAUAUCUGAAGAACCAAUUAAAGAAAUGCAAGCUCUUCCCAUCAUUCCACUUAGCAAUGGCAAGUGGACAGAUCUCCAAGACAAGAGUGUAUUCUUUUCACUGACGUUUGAAAAACAAAGGACUGAUGUAUACGCCACCGGUAAAGCUACCAAGAAAGAAACGCAGGGAAGUAUCCAGAAUUUGGAAUCGGAUAUGUACAUACUACAUGGUGAUUUUAUGACUUGUCAAGAUAGCUUGGCAAAUUCCCAGGUUAUGUUGAUGAUGGAACAGUUAGGUGUUUGCCAUAUCGAACCCAGUGACGUCAUCCACAAUCACAUCUUACCUGCGCUUAGAUCUGAUGAUUGGAAAGAAAAACCUGCUGCAGUGUUGGUAAGCUACAUCGUGUACAUCAAAGACCAAAUGCAACUGCAUUCUGACGUUUGUAAGAUGUCGGAUAUAAAAUCAGUGGCUCAAAUACAGACUGAUAAGGGGACAUUUGUGAACCCUAGCAGAGAACCAAUUCACUUCACAAAGGCAUAUGGUAACAAGUAUGACUUAAAGAAUGAUCUAACAGGAGUUGAUUGGAAUUUUGUCGAUGAAUGUUAUCUACGUUGCAGCCAACAGCAGUCGGGGUCACACAUUUCACAGUGGCAAUGGUUUCUCUCUGAGUUAGGCAUUUGGAACUUAUUAGCUAUUGAGAGAAAGACAUUAAGACUACAAAAGACUGACCUGACUUCAUCAGUUUGGUGCAGUGAGUAUGAGGCAUGGCCAGUUCCAAGUGAUGGUUUUUACCAGGUUGAAGAUAGCAGGAGCAAGGAAUUGGAGAAUCUUUUCGAGAAUAACACAAAGGGAACUGAUGACAAUCAUAGAGUUAUGAUGAACUUUCUAUGCAUUCUUGAAAAUGAAUGGAAAUACUUUUAUGAAUUCGUCAAAGCUUCACUAGUCAUUAACAGCCAAAAAAAGAAGUCAAUAGAAUCAAGUUUUGCAAAAUUGUUAUUAAGAUCUUCAUGGAUUUCCACAAAUCCCAUGCUGAAUCCAGAAGGUGGAAAUUUUACUGCCAAACGGUUGUUACCACCAGAUCAAGUUUUUCUACCUUCAGACUCUCUGUAUGAAUUCUUUGAUAAGCAUGUUCCGUAUCUUAAUGGACCAAUACCAGGAAAUAUUGAGCUUAUACGUUUCUUAGGUUUUAAAGGAGAGGAUGUAAAGGAUAUUAAUUUUCUAUUUGACAUGCUUCGAGGUUGGUGUACAAGAGGAAAAAAGUGCCAACCAGAUGAGAUUAUGAACUCAGGAGCAAAGUUCACCACAUCCAUUAAACAUAUGUUGCAAGUUUACAGUCACCUACAAAGUCAUUCACCUCCACAGCAGCUUAAACAAUUUUUUGACACGGUUCCGGGUGUAUUUCUGCCUUCUAGUCUGUGUGAACAGCACAAGGCUGUCACUGGAAAGUUUGUACAUAAAUCGUUGACAUACUGGAUAGAUCCUACCAGACUGUUUCACAAGUACGGUGCGUCUUGCAACAGAGAUUCUGUUAUCGAGGUCUAUGAGCCAAUUGAGGAUUUCUUUCAGAUUCAACUUAAGAUUGAUUACACUCCGAAUAUGCUUGAAUAUUUACAGUUGCUUGUCAGAAUUACUAGUGAAUAUCAAUUGCCAAAUAAUAACGUUCUCGCUGAUAUCCUAAAGAUCUUUGGAAUUCUUGGUGAAAAUUGUGCUAUUUCAGGUCAUACCUACAGCAAAAGCAGCUCGGCAAAAAAAGUUGCCAUUAAUGUUGAUACCAAGAGAGCUGCCGAUUUGAAGGACAUGCUGAAGGGAUAUAAAGUGUUCCCUACGAAAGCAAAUAGGUGGGUGGCUCUUGACGAUGAGCCAAUGAUAGUUGAUGAAGGAUCAAAGGAACUUGAAAAGCUGUUCUGUUCUAAUCAAGAUAUAAAUCUUCUUCAGUGGGAUGCUAGUGAAAAUCCAAAUGAAAGACAAGGGCUACAGAGAAAUCCUAGCGACAACUUUCAAGAAACAAAUGAAUACGAAAAUGUCCAAUGCUUUCUACACGCAUGUGGAGUCAAGUAUCUGUCUGAAUGCGUUGAACGUGAAGCCAUUGAAGAGUAUAUUCAACCGUGUCCAAGUUUAAAGAAUCUAAUGCAUCGUGUGGUUCCAUACGUGCAGUCUUUUUUAUUUUCAAAGUUUUUCAAGAUUCACGAAAGGCUUGUUUCCAAAGUCAAAAUAAUAUCUAAAUUGAAAAUCAUGAACUUCAUGACUGCAUCCAGACUUCAAGUCAUAUACAGAAUUAACUACACCAAGGAUGGCGAAAUAGUAACUGCUGUAAGUUCCACAGAACAGAAGUGUACGAUAACCAGCAACUUUUUCAUAUUAAAGGCGAUUGAACAAAAUAUUCAAGAAAACAGUUCUGUAAGGAAAGAAAUAGCAAAAUUAUUCAGUGAUGGUGAUAAUGCUUGCCAAAAAGAGAUAAAUGUAUUCCUUAUGUUAGUGAUGAAGCAUUUGAACCAGGAUUUCCAUAAUUUUCUCACUGAGUAUGGUUUAUCAAGAGUUGAAGGUGUGGAGUUGUGGGAAGUUGGAAAGUCCGAAGCACUCACUAUUGUCCCUGCCACGAAACCAGUGGUAGUUUUGCCAACUGUUAACGAAAAAGAAAAAAAUAGGAAAGGUGGUCUUGAAAAAGCUGAAGAAGGAUCAGGCAUCUACAGUUGGCCUCCUAAAUCCAGUGCUCAUGAACUAGUGAAAACGGAUAAGACAAUGAAUCCAUCUGAUAAAGCGUCUUUGGAGAAGUGGCCACUACCUCAACCAGAACAACCAUUAGCUAAUGUCCCGUCUCCGAAAAAAUCUUCUACACAGCAUGUCUCAGGAGAAAAAAAAGCAACACGAGAUUCAAAUAUGGCAAAAAAACUACCUAAUUCAAAUCUAACCAAAGAGAGACAAGUCGAUCAUGACCAUCAACUAACUGCAACUGUUGAUAGCACUGGUGACUCCCGAAAAGACAUUUUAAAGAAUAGUUUACAAAAAAUGAGGCAAAGUAAGUCCACAGAUGUUAACCAACCUUUCACUAAAGAAAGAGUAACACCACCCUCUGGUGUCGAUAAGCAAUUUCAAACUCCGCCAAACCCACAGAGAAUCGUGUCACUCAGUAGUAGUCCUAGGAGUGGUAGUAGUACAAGAACAUUUAGCCCGUCACCACCCAAUGAAGUUGAAAUGAUUGAGGAGGAUAUUACACCUAAUCUUCGAAACUUGCAGUUCUUUGAGGACGCUCAGAGGAAAUUUUCCAGUCCUAGUGAUUACAUAAUAGGACGCUGGGGAGAAGAACUUGUGUAUCACCUCUUAAAGAACCAGUACGAAGGCAAGUCCAACGUCAGAUCCACAGUUCUUUGGGCAAAUGAACAAAAUGAGACUGGAUAUCCAUAUGACAUUGAAAUAAAAACAAAUAUUGAAGGAGGUGUUCAUACCGAAUACAUUGAGGUCAAAGCUACCAAUUCAUCUGAUAAGAAAUACUUCCAGAUCUCUUCGAAUGAAAUAACGUUUGCUCAACUUAAUGCGCCGAACUAUCACUUGUAUCGUGUUUACAACGUUGGAAAGAAAGAGGCCGUCAGAGUUUGUUCACUGAAGAAUCUCAGUGAGAAAAUGGUCAAAAAAGAAGUAGUAUUAUUCAUGAAAAUUUAAAUUUCGCUUAUCUUAUUUUAGUAUAGUGUAGUUAUUUCGAUAUUUUUUAGAAUACUACAUAAAAUUUGAAUACAGGUGUAUUUUAAAAAACAAGACGACUGUUUCUUCAAUUGUACUUGACUCGAUGUUACCAUAGGACAAGGUGGAUUUAUAUUUAGCUGUUUUGCAUUUGUGUAUCGGAGUAAUAAUUAUCCUCUUUCAACAAAAAUAAACAACACAUUGUUAGUACAAAAUUAAGGAGUCGAGUAAACCUAUUAAUAAAGAAUUUGAAUUCUCAACAGCGUCACAAGACCAAGACACAAUCUAGGCUGGGCUAUUCAAAUUCAGUGCCAUUGUUGUGGAUGUAGUGCCCGUUUUUUCUGUCUCAGAGGGCUUUAUAAAUAAUUAAUAUUUUGCAAUUAUAAAAGUAUAUAAAAUAUAGAUAACCUAUUUACUUAAAUUAGUUUUAUAUGUUGAAUCAAUUUUAUAAAUAUAACCAUGUUAAUGUUGUAAUCAUGAAAGUUGUUAGGUGAUAUAGAGUAGUGAUAAUAAAAAUGCAUAUAUUUUAAUACUUUUAUAAAUAUCAGAUCAAAUAAAAUGUAAAAAUAAUCAAUUGGUAUAAUGGAAGUGGUGACACAUGACGUCACUUGAUAAUUUUUUGCAAACAUCAAAGCUUUUUAUACAGUUACAGUAGUUAAAUACGCUAUUUUAAUGAUUGAUGAAUUUUUUUAUAUAGGCCAGCUGCUGUAAUUAUUUUAUUGUAAUUAUUCUGCCAAACCUCUCAGAUUAGUUUAAUUUUAAAAUUCAUAUUUCGUUAUGCUUUCUUUAAUUUCAUGCAAGUCACAUUUUAUAAGAAAGGCAGAACAUAACUAUGCUCCAUUUAAUUAUGCACAUAGGGUAGAUACUCGUGACGGUGCAACAUUUUGGAUCAUUGCUGCCCAACAAUCUAAAUAUGUUAACAGCUCACUCUAGCGACCACCACUCUCAAUUUACAACUCAAACACGGAUGUGUUUAAGACUUAACAUUAAUGCAUGUAGUUUGUAUGUAGACAUAUAAUACUGAAAUAAAUUUUAGCGGAGAACAGCUGAA